GUGCGCAGCGCUGCGCGGCGCCGGCGGCCGCCGAGGCCUGGGUCGAAGUUGGCGCUGCUGCCGCCGCCCUGCAGCCCACUCGCUGCCUCGGCAGCGCGCUGCUCUUCUAAAAUGGCUGCCGCUACCGGUGCUGUGGCAGCCUCGGCCGCCUCGGGUCAGGCGGAAGGUAAAAAGAUCACAGAUCUGCGGGUCAUCGAUCUCAAGUCCGAGCUGAAGCGGCGGAACUUAGACAUCACCGGAGUGAAGACUGUGCUCGUUUCCCGACUCAAGCAGGCUAUUGAAGAGGAAGGAGGCGAUCCAGAUAAUAUUGAAUUAACUGUUUCAACUGAUACUCCAAACAAGAAACCAACCAAAGGCAAAGCCCAUUUUCCUUCUUUCGCAGGUAAAAAACAGGAAGCAGAUGAGUUGAGUGGAGAUGCUUCUGUGGAAGAUGAUGCUUUUGUCAAGGACUGUGAAUUGGAGAAUCAAGAGGCACAUGAACAAGAUGGAAUUGAUGAACUAAAGGACUCUGAAGAAUUUGGUGAAAAUGAAGAAGAAACUGUACAUUCCAAGGAGUCACUUUCUACAGAAGAGAACAAGAGAACUCAUGAAUUAAUAGAGGCAGAAGCAAUAGAAGAUAUAGAAAAAGAGGACAUCGAAAGUCAGGAAAUUGAAGCUCAAGAAGGUGAAGAUGAUACCUUUCUAACAGCCCAAGAUGGUGAGGAAGAAGAAAAUGAGAAAGAUAUAGCAGGUUCUGGUGAUGGUACACAAGAAGUAUCUAAACCUCUUCCUUCAGAAGGGAACCUAGCUGAGGCUGAUCACACAGCUCACGAAGAGAUGGAAGCUAAUGCGCCUGUGAAAGAAGCUGAGGAUGACAACAUCUCGGUCACAAUCCAGGCUGAAGAUGCCAUCACUCUGGAUUUUGAUGGUGAUGACCUCCUAGAAACAGGUAAAAAUGUGAAAAUUACAGAUUCUGAAGCAAGUAAGCCAAAAGAUGGGCAGGACGCCAUUGCACAGAGCCCGGAGAAGGAAAGCAAGGAUUAUGAGAUGAAUGCGAACCAUAAAGAUGGUAAGAAGGAAGACUGCGUGAAGGGUGAUCCUGUCGAGAAGGAAGCCAGAGAAAGUUCUAAGAAAGCAGAAUCUGGAGACAAAGAAAAGGAUACUUUGAAGAAAGGGCCCUCGUCUACUGGGGCCUCUGGUCAAGCAAAGAGCUCUUCAAAGGAAUCUAAAGACAGCAAGACAUCAUCCAAAGAUGACAAAGGAAGUACAAGUAGUACUAGUGGUAGCAGUGGAAGCUCAACUAAAAAUAUCUGGGUUAGUGGACUUUCUUCUAAUACCAAAGCUGCUGACUUGAAGAACCUCUUUGGCAAAUAUGGAAAGGUUCUAAGUGCAAAGGUAGUUACAAAUGCUCGAAGUCCUGGGGCAAAGUGCUAUGGCAUUGUAACUAUGUCUUCAAGCACAGAGGUGUCCAGAUGUAUUGCCCAUCUUCAUCGCACUGAGCUGCACGGACAGCUGAUUUCUGUUGAAAAAGUUAAAGGUGAUCCUUCUAAGAAAGAACUGAAGAAAGAAAAUGAUGAAAAGAGUAGUUCAAGAGGUUCUGGAGACAAAAAAAAUAUGAGUGAUAGAAGUAGCAAGACACAAGCCUCUGUCAAAAAGGAAGAGAAAAGGUCAUCUGAGAAGUGUGAAAAAAAAGAAGGCAAGGAGCCUAAGAAAAUAGAAGGUAAAGACGAGAAGAAUGAUAAUGGAUCAAGUGGCCAAACUUCAGAAUCGAUUAAAAAAAGUGAAGAAAAGAAGCGAAUAAGUUCCAAGAGUCCAGGACAUAUGGUAAUACUGGACCAAACUAAAGGAGAUCAUUGUAGGCCAUCAAGAAGAGGAAGAUAUGAGAAAAUUCAUGGAAGGAGCAAGGAAAAGGAGAGAGCUAGCCUAGAUAAAAAAAGGGACAAAGACUAUAGAAGGAAAGACAUCUUGCCUUUUGAAAAGAUGAAGGAACAAAGACUAAGAGAGCAUUUAGUUCGCUUUGAGAGAUUGCGACGAGCAAUGGAACUUCGAAGACGAAGAGAGAUUGCAGAAAGAGAGCGUCGAGAGCGAGAACGCAUUAGAAUAAUUCGCGAACGGGAAGAACGGGAACGCUUACAGAGAGAGAGAGAGCGCCUAGAAAUUGAAAGGCAAAAACUAGAGAGAGAGAGAAUGGAACGCGAACGCUUGGAAAGGGAACGCAUUCGUAUUGAACAGGAACGUCGUAAGGAAGCCGAACGUAUUGCUCGAGAACGAGAGGAGCUGAGAAGGCAACAGCAGCAGCUUCGUUAUGAACAAGAGAAAAGGAAUUCUUUGAAACGCCCACGUGAUGUAGAUCAUAGGCGAGAUGAUCCUUACUGGAGCGAGAGUAAAAAGUUGUCUCUAGAUACAGAUGCACGAUUCAGCCAUGGAUCUGACUAUUCUCGCCAGCAAAACAGAUUUAAUGACUUUGAUCACCGAGAGAGGGGCAGGUUUCCUGAGAGUUCAGCAGUACAGUCUUCAUCUUUUGAAAGGCGAGAACGCUUUGUUGGUCAAAGUGAAGGGAAAAAAACACGUCCUACUGCACGAAGAGAAGAUCCGGGUUUUGAAAGGUAUCCCAAAAAUUUCAGUGAUUCCAGAAGAAAUGAGCCUCCACCACCAAGAAAUGAACUUAGGGAAACGGACAGGCGAGAAGUCCGGGGAGAACGAGACGAGAGGAGAACCGUGAUCAUCCAUGACAGGCCUGAUAUCACUCACCCUAGACAUCCUCGAGAAGCAGGGCCGAAUCCAUCCAGACCCGCCACCUGGAAAAGUGACGGCAGCAUGUCCGCAGACAAACGGGAAACAAGAGUUGAAAGGCCGGAACGAUCUGGGAGGGAAGUUUCAGGACACAGUGUGAGGGGCGCGCCCCCUGGCAAUCGCAGUAAUGCGUCAGGCUACGGAAACAGAGAGGGAGACAGGGGCGUGAUCACGGACCGAGGAAGUGGAACACAGCACUACCCUGAGGAACGACAUGUGGUUGAACGCCAUGGACGGGACACAAGUGGACCAAGGAAAGAGUGGCAUGGUCCACCUUCUCAAGGGCCUGGCUAUCACGAUGCAAGGCGAAUGGGUGAUGGCCGGACAGGAGCAGGCAUGAUAAGCCAACACAUGAGUGCAGCAUAGAGUGCUGGCCCCACAGCCCAGAGGUUGACGGACAGAUGGAAACUUCUUUGCUACAGAUUUGCCAUUUCCCAUAUGGAGAAAGCCAUGGUUUUCAGUUUCUCUAUUUGGAAAAUGGAGGAGAGAGACACGGCCUGCUCCUAAAUGGCUCUUUCCUUCCCAGGCUUCCCAGUCCACCUCCGAGGGAUUUGGGUUGGGACUUAGAGCUCUAGGAGCCACUUCUUGGGACAGUGCAGUGAGCCUCUUGGCUGAAGUAUCAGUGCCCUGGCCUCUGUUACACAGUGGAACUUCCUAAAACCCAAACACACGGUCUAGGAGUCUUGCCUCAUUCAAGCCAUUGGGUAACCUUGGGAGGUUAUGCUGGGGGGUUGGCGUGGGGGUACAGGGAUAGGAUAUUCCUUCCCUAGCCUGUUCCUUGCAUUUAAUGGUUGCUUAAAGAUUUUCUACUUAUCACUGGUUACAGCAAUUUGGUUAUGACGUAUUUUGGUGUGUAUUUUCUACUUGUGGUUUGUUGUUUUAAUCAAAUUGGAAAUUCUGGCCCUUUUUCCCCCCUAUCUUGUUUUUACACUCUCUUACUCUAAGACUUCGUUUACAUGUAGUUUUGACUUCCCUCAGAAGUCACUGAGCUUUCUUUAUUUUUAUUUUUUUAAUUCAUUUUAUCUUUGCGCUUUCAUGUUUACCAGUCUUUUCUUUCUUUCUUUUUUAAGAUUUUAUUUAUUUUAUUUGACAAAGACAGACAGAGUGGGAGGGGCAGAGGGAGACGCAGACUCCCCGCCGAGCAGGGAGAACGAUGCUGGGCUUGAGCCCAGCACCCUGGGAUCAUGACCCGAGCUAAAAGCAGACGCGAAACUGACUGAGCCACCCAGACGCUCCUACCAGUCUUUUCUACUGCUAUGUCUAUCCACUGUUAAUCUUAUCAUGUGAAAGUUUUAUUUCAUACAUUUUUUUUUUAAGAUUUUAUUUAUUUAUUUGACAGAGAUCACAAGUAGAGAGGCAGGCAGAGAGAGGAAGGGAAGCAGGCUUCCUGCUGAGCAGAGAGCCUGACGUGGGGCUCCAUCCCAGAACCCUAGGAUCAGGGCCUGAGCCGAAGGCAGAGGCUUUAACCCACUGAGCCACCCAGGCGCCCCUCAUACAUUGUUUUUUAAUCUCUGUGGGUUUUUAAAAAAUGAGUUUGAUUUCCCUCUUCAUUAUAUCGUUUGCCUUUGAAUGUAUGAUUACAGUUCCUGUCUGCUAAUGUAACAUUUCUUACCAUUUCUUUUAUUUGAAUUUUCUCCUGGUUGGGGAUCAUCUUGGGUUCUGGCAUCUCUAACAACUUUUUAUUGGAUACUGGGCAUUAUGAUUACUAUGUUGUUGAAUGUCCAGAUUUUGUUGUUUCCCUUCAAGAAGUGAAGGCAUUUAAGUUAUUUGUUGAUCAGUUUGACAGAUUUGAGCCUUGUUUAUAGAUUCUUAUGGUGAAACUAGAAUAGAUUUCAUUUAAGAGAUAGUUCAGUCAUAGUCCUGUGGGAUAGCCUUGAUGUGGUUGACAGUGAAUGCCCUAGUUGACCACUCACAGCUCAAGGCUUCAGUUGGUUGAAACUUGAACUUCUUGCCCUGGAUAACUCUGGGAAUUGUUCAGUUUAAAACCCGAUACAGGGAUGCCUGGGUGGCUCAGUUGGUUAAGCAGCUGCCUUCGGCUCAGGUCAUGAUCCCAGGAUCCUGGGAUCGAGUCCCGCAUCGGACUCCUUGCUCGGCAGGGAGCCUGCUUCUCCCUCUGCCUCUGCCUGCCUCUCUGCCUGCCUGUGCUCGCUCACUCUCUCUCCCUCUGUCUCUGACAAAUAAAUGAAAAUCUUUAAAACAAAAACAAAAACAAAAAAAACCCGAUACAUAUUUUUUUGCUCAACCACAUGAGUAGCAUUUCAUAUGUGUUUGGCGUAAUACCAAGCAAAGAUUAAAGGUUAUACGGAGCUCCUUUUCUGUAUAGGUCCCUUCUUCCUAGAGCUCUGUCCUGCAGCCAACUACCCGUCAGUGUCCAUGAACUCCCACCUCAGUCUUUUCAUGCUCAGCGUUCUGGGCUCUAUUUGAGUUUCCCUCCUUCUACCACUGUUAGGAAAAUGCAUCUAGGCAGGAAGAUGGAGCAAUCAAAGAGCUCACUUCUCUCAUUCUCUUCUCUCGGGUAACAGCCCUGCUGUGUCCACUGUCCAUUGUUUGAAACAGUUCCUUUAUGUAUUUUGUCUAGUUUUCUAUUAUGAUGGAACAAAUGUGACCUUUGUUAUUUUAUCCUUUAUUGGUAAAUAGUGACUCAAAAUAAAUUAUACAUAAAUACUUGGUAAAUACUGACUUUUAUCUUUUAUUGAUAAAUAGUGACACACAAUGUCACACAUAAACACUUGGUAAAUAUUGACAUAUACAAGUAUGUAUCUCCAUGAACUGCCACAAUUAUCAAAAUAAAGAACAUCCAUCAUUCCCAAGGUUCCUUUUGCCCCUUACCAUCCAUUCCCAUUCCAUCCUCAUGCAGCCACUGAUCUACUUUUAGUCCAGUAGAUUAGUUUGUAUUUUGUAGAAUUUUAUAGGAGUGGAAUCAUAAAUAUUGAUGCAUUUUUAUCUGGCUGCUUUUACUUACCAUACUUUGUGAUUCAUUCAUAUUGUUGCAUGGAUCAGUAGUUCAUCCCUUUAUAUGGAUGACUAGCUCACCUGGUAAUGAACAUUUGGGUUACUCUCAGUUUUAGGCUCUUUCAAGUUACUCUGAGUAUCUGUGUAGAAAUCUUUGCAUGCACAUAGGCUUUCAUGUCUCUUGGGUAAAUCAGAGUGCAACAGCUGGGUUGUACGGUAGGUGUUUAUGUUUGACUUUUUAAAGAUCGCCAAACUGUUACUCCAAGUCAUUCUUGUCAGCUGUGAGAGUUCCCGUUGUUUCACAUCUUCGCCAACAUUUGAUAUUGCCAGUUAAAAAAAUUUUUUUUCUAGUGGGUGUGUAGUGGUAUCUCAUUAUGGUGUUAAUUUGCAUUUUCCUAUGACUAAAGAUGCUAAGUGUCUUUUCAUGUAUUUAUUUAUUAUCUGUAUGUUUUCUUGGUAAAGUGUCCAUGCUUUUGCAAGUUUUUCAUAUUUUUCCUUAUUGAGUUGUAAGAUUUCUUGAUAUAAUACAUGUCCUUUGUUAAUAUAUAUUUUGGAAGUAUUUUCUCUUCAGUCCUUACCUUGCCUUUUCAUUUUCUUAAGUGUUGUUGGGCGAGCACAAGUUUUAAAUAUUGAUGAAGUCUAAUGUAUUGGCAAUCAUGUUCACAGAUAAGAAAUUAAAUACUGCAAUGUAAUUAC